CACCGAACACAUUUAAUAGUCGCACUGAACGCUGACCGGAAGUGUGAUUUAAACAGUCGGAGGAUUUGUGUUGGUUGGUUGUUGAGACGUUUAUAAACUUUUAUUCUUUUAUUUGCUACAUCCUCUUGUCCACAAAAUGGGGAAAAGACAGCAUCAAAAAGAUAAGAUGUACAUCACAUGUGCAGAAUACACUCAGUUUUAUGGAGGGAAAAAAUCAGAAAUCCCACAAUCCAAUUUCAGACGUCUGCCCUUUGAUCACUGCAGUUUGUCUCUUCAGCCCUUUGAGUAUCCCAUGUGCACGGUGGAUGGGGUGGUUUUUGAUCUAAUGAGCAUAGUGCCUUGGAUUAAGAAGUUUGGUACCAACCCCAUAACUGGAGAGAAGCUUGAGGCUAAAUCCCUCAUCAAGCUUAACUUCAGCAAAAACAAUGAAGGGAAGUACCACUGUCCUGUGCUCUACACAGUGUUCACAAACAACUCCCACAUUGUUGCCAACAAAGUCACAGGAAAUGUGUUCUCCUAUGAGGCAGUGGAACAGCUCAACAUCAAGACAAAGAGUUAUAAAGACCUGCUGACAGACGAACCAUUCACUCGUCAGGACCUCAUCACACUACAGGAUCCCACAAAUCUGGAUAAAUUCAAUGUCUCCAACUUCUUUCAUGUGAAAAACAAUAUGAAAGUCCUCGACCCUGAUGAGGAGAAAGCUAAGCAGGACCCAUCAUACCAUCUGAAAAGCACAAACCUGGAGACGCGAGAAACGUUAGCAGAGCUCUACAGAGACUAUAAAGGAGAUGAGAUGUUGGCCUCCACUAUGAAAGUGCCAGAAGCCAAAAAAACAGACAAGCUCAAUGCUGCUCACUAUUCCACUGGAAGAGUGUCAGCCUCCUUCACAUCUACAGCGAUGGCUCCUGCCACCACCAAUGAAGCAGAUGCUAUUUCUGACGAUGCCGUUCGCUACCAAUAUGUUAAGAAGAAAGGCUAUGUCCGCCUGCACACAAACAAAGGAGACCUGAAUGUGGAAUUGCACUGUGAUAAGGUCCCCAAGGCUGGAGAAAACUUUAUUAAACUGUGUAAGAAAGGAUAUUAUGAUGGCACAGUAUUCCACCGCUCUAUUCGAAAUUUCAUGAUUCAAGGAGGAGACCCUACAGGGACUGGUACAGGAGGAGAGUCUUACUGGGGGAAGCCGUUCAAGGACGAGUUCAGGCCCAAUCUGUCUCACACGGGUCGUGGUAUUCUGAGCAUGGCUAACUCAGGACCCAACACAAAUAAAUCCCAGUUCUUUAUAACAUUUCGCUCAUGCACAUACCUGGACAGGAAACACACUGUGUUUGGAAGAGUGGUUGGUGGUUUAGAGACCCUCACAGCGAUGGAGAAUGUUGAAAGUGAUCCAAAGACAGACAAACCCAAGUCUGAGAUAAAGCUGCUGAGCGCUACAGUAUUUGUGGACCCGUAUGAGGAAGCAGAUACACAGAUUGCAGCCGAGCGAGAGAAGGAAGCACAGAAGCAGGAGGAAGAGAGAGCACAAACCUCUGCUUCAGUCAACAAGGCAAAAACAGAGGACAAGCCUAAAACCUUUAGACCAGGAGUGGGCAAAUACAUCAACAUGACUGCCACAUGGAUGGAUGGAUAGACGUAUCUCAUAAUGGCAGGAUCAUUAUUUAAUGAUAUAAACCGCUCUGAUGGUAAAUGAGUGUGUUUGUGGGUGUCACCAGUUAGGGGUUCGUCCCACGCCACAGCAGGACUCAGGAUAUCAGCAAAGUUUACAGAGAACGGCAGGAGAUCAUUCUAAUUAUCCCUAACAACCCCACUGCUUCUCACACACACACACACACACACACACACACGACUGACUGUUAAACAGACAUACACAUACACAGUAAUAUGAACACCUGCUACACACACACACACUGCUACCUGAUGGGAACAGCGCCAUGUUUCACAUGCACAUGCUGCAUGCAAGUAAUAUGAAAAAUAUGCUUGUUAUUCAGUUUCACUUACUGCUUUUUACUUACACUAUCAUGGGGUUCGGAUAAUUAAAUUCAAAGAAUUACAUCGUCAAUUAAUGUCAUGUCAGUUAAUCAUGUUUACAUAACAUAAAUCUAAUAAUGAUACAAUUGAAAUUAACUGUAAUAAAUAGAUGAACAAAUUAUUUAAAUUCAUGUGGAAACAAAUGCUUAAUAAAAAAAAAAAAUGAUGCAAAAAAAAAAUAGGUUUCUUUUUCUUGCAAAAUUUAAUCUAUUAUUAAUUUGAUUCAUUUUGGAUGAAAAAUUAGCCAUAUACCCAGUUAAGAUUCUAUAAGGAAUUUAGAAAAUGAGAAAGAAAAUAUAUAUUUUACAUAUAUACAUUUUUAUAUAUAUAAAUUAUAAAAGGAUACAAAUGCAAAUACAUGGAAAUAAGAUCAAUGCCAUGUAUUAACUUUUUUGUACUUUUUGUAUUUGAGGUAUUUAUUCUUUCAGUUAAGUUAUACUCUUUUUAAUUUCUGCAAUUGUUUUUAUAGUACCUUUAAUAACUCUGUUUGUAAAUGAUGUCCAUUGUCAUUGGCUAAACUCAUUGCAUGUGAAAUGAUGAGUAACAGCAUUUACAUUCAAGUUCCAGGUUUGCUGCUGUUGUGUUCGGUAACAGCCUUUUUGCAAAACCUUGCAUUUACGAGGUGACAGAUUCACAAAGCACUGUGCUCUGAAAUGUGCCAGACAAAGUGCUGACUGGACUCACAUAAUCACUAGUGAAUCAAUUACACAAACCUUAUUAACUUGAAUGUCUUAUACGCUCUCCUUCAUCAGGAAACAUUCGCUCCCGGAUGGUGACAAGCCCUCCACUAGUGAAGCUCCUGUCAAGAAACCCAAAGGCAGAACAGGGUUUGGAGACUUCAGUUCCUGGUAGAAGCACGGCACCGUCCCUCCUCUCAAAGACAGAUCUUGGACUGAUCAUACUCGGCGCAGACCUCUUGGUUUUUCCCUUUUAUGGACCUGGUUCUGUCUUGUAUUUUUAAAGAAUAAUUUGGCAGAGAUUUAGUUCACAUGUAGUUAAGUCAAGUCUUGUCUUUCUUUAUAUUGAACCCUGUAAAUAAUCAGUUAUUUCUUGCAUAUUAAAUGAUUUAAUGUAUGCGUUAAUAGAUGCAGUUUGCUAAAAGUUUGUCUUGUUCAUGCUGCAAAAAAAAGACUUGUUUCUGGCAAUUCUGCAUUUAUAUCUAACAAUUCUGAGUUUAUAUGACACUUUUUCUUGUUUGUGCCACAGAAUAAAAAAAUAAAGUUUAUAUCUCAUAAUUCUGAA